CUUUCGUUUUUAAUUCAACAGUGUGGUCUACUUUAUAAUGUAUCGUGUUUCGAUCUUGUUAACGGUCUUUGCAGUGUGCAUCGCUAAUGGCAAUGUUUUGCCAGAAUCAAGGAUCAGUUUUCCAACUGGGGACAUUAUCAAUGGCCAAGAAGCCGAACCUCAUUCGGCACCAUAUAUCGUUUCGCUGAAAACUAGCUCUCAUUUUUGUGCUGGUUCGAUUAUAAGUGAAAAUCUGGUUCUAACUGCAGCCCAUUGUUUGGAAAACAAAAAGUUCGACGUAGUCGCUGGUCUUCAUAAUCGCCAAAACCAAACCGGUGCUGCUGUACGCAAAGCUCUUUUAAGCCAGUCGCGAAAACACUCUUUAUAUAAUGGAGGCGUUGGUCCAUAUGAUAUUGGCCUCAUUAAAAUCGACCCACCAUUUAAGUUCAACGCCACAGUGAAUAAAAUUCAACUCCCUCCUGCAGGUAAAAAUCAUUCUGGUGAGGGAACUCUAUUUGGCUGGGGUAAAGUUAAGAGAGCAUCAUUGCCAAAUAAUUUACAAACUGUUGACACAUUGAUUAUUGAGUAUUCAGAAUGUAAAAAGGAUCUUCCAUCUGGAGCUCCAAUCCAUCCAACAAACAUUUGUUCGAACUCAAAUAAAAACAAUGGCACAGGCAUAUCAGCUUGUAAUGGUGGGCCACUUGUUCAAUACGGCAAAGGAGGUAAGGCGCAAUUGGUUGGUAUUGUUUCGUGGGGGUAUGUACCGUGUGGAGCCAAAAACCAACCAUCAGUUUACACCCACACUUCGGCUCACAUCGAUUGGAUUAAUAAAAAUGCAAAUUUGUAAACAAUAUUUAACAAUGAAUCAAUUAAAGUUUUAUGUCAUCGAAAAAGAAAA